UCAUCUCGACGGUGUCAUCGACGGUGGACAGAGGAAUGGAACGUGUCUUAAUUAUAACAGCUUGACAAAUGUGAUGUUUCUUGCCGCUUGCCCCAGCUAGCACACUGCCUUCCCCCACAGACAAGAUCUCCCAAAGCCAGGGAGGUGUACCGGAUGUACGCUUGUUGUCUCUCGCGCGCGCGGCACUCUGCAGCGACGAAACCAAUCAACACAGGCUCGUUAGAAUCCGCUGGGUGUCGCUAAGUUCCCGGGAUUCGCGGCGAAUCACUCAUCCUCGCGAGGCGAGGCGAAGAAAUGACGAGUGCUAAUUAGCAACACUGCCUAACACAUACACACACACAUCUCGCUCUUCAUCCGCCAUUCCUCCCAUUUGGUGUUUUGGAGUACGUUCCCCACGAGGCAGAAGAAUACGCUCCACGCUCAAAUGUUGCGCCCCAUUCGUAACCUUUCUAUCGCUCACUCUCUAAGCAAGUGGAGGAUCAUAUCCUUCCUCUAGGCCGCAAACGGCCUUUCGUACCACGCUCCCCCUCUGUGCCUUAAUGGCGGGCGACGAGUUUCCAUCUCAAUUUCACCAUUCCGCCAUGUUCUUCGGCGAUGGUGUCAGAGAUUUUCCGUUUCGAAUUGGAUUUUCCCUCUCAGUGUGUUCCACCACGAUUUCGGAGGUGAGGGGAGGGGGUUGCUCUUGCUUGCUCUUUCCCACUCUAAUUGGACAAGGGUACACACUCCAUUUGGUGCUUAUUUUCCGACCCAUCACUUCCCCCCUCAAACCACUCUAGGGGUUGUUCGUGAGGGUGGACGCAACAACACAAAAAAAGAACAUGCCGCCUGUGCACAAACACACACACACACACACACGCCUGUCCCUGGCAUGCUUGUUCGCACCUUGCUGAGAUUCGCGCCGAAGAAAUGAGAUGUGUGUUUUGCGCAGUCAGCCGGCGCCCGCCCUCCCCUUUAUCCCGCGAUCGAAUGCAACACGCAGUUUUCCGCCCAUCCGGUUCGCGCGGCUGUGAUCUUACGUUUGCUGCUCUCUUUCAGUCUCUCUCUCUUUAUCUCUCUGCAUCUCUCGCACCGUGCUGUUCUCCGUGGUUCGUACAACAUGGAUUUUUCUCACCAUUUCAAUCCCACCGGGGCUUAGAAAACCGGCGCGGGGAAAACGCUCGAUCGUCGCUGUUCUCGGAAGGUGGAGAAACCCGGAGACGCCAGGGGGGAGGGGGCGAAGGAAAGCGCCGGCAAUGCUGGGUAGAAGGGAAGGUAGGAUCGGCGGUCGUCCUUGGGUGUCGGUUGGGUUUCACCGGCGUCCAAGUUGACGUUCAGUCGGCGCGUGGUGUUCCAACGGUUCAGAAGAGAGGCAUCAGCUUUCCAAUCUUUUUGUUGUAGUUUGUGUUGUUAUUGUUUUUGUUGUUGUUGUUGUUGUUGCAAUUGUAUUAACAGUGCACCUGGAGCGGCUACACAGGCAACAUCGUGUCGUGCAUAUAUAGGUUAACCGUGUGGCAGCCGCUUUGUGAACCGCUGUGCGCCGGGUUAAUCAGCCAGAUCAAUCCCGCGCAGCUAACAGACACAACACUUUGCGACGUUGACAGCGUGUACAUCAGCCCGGCAAAGCGUUUGCGGAUGGUACGCGCGGCACACCGAACCAGAGAGCACUCCACACGGACGCUGCGCUGGUCAAUGUGCCCGCCGGGGCACACGGCAUGGAUACGGUGCGCUUUUCAAUCAUAGAAAAUGAGAUGCGCUGGGAGGAUGAGUACCGGAUGUACUACCAGGAGGAGCAGGCGGACGAGGGCAGCGAGCCGACGGACAGUGCCGGCCGCUUCCGGCUGAGCAUCUCGAGCGAGAGCGACGUCGGUGGCGUCGAGAUUUCGUCCCCGAACCAGCCGCACGAUUUUGGCAGCGGGCGCGAAGGGCAGGAAGAGAUCUGGGCGUACGCCGACAUCGAGGCGGGCCUGAAGGAGCUGCCCGGCGGUGAUCGGGUGGCCGAGCUGCUCGGCUGCAGUGUGGUACCGGCCGGCGACAUUCUGCAGGACACGGGCCCCGACCAGCGCGACACGGUCGUACUGCUGGCGGUGUGGUACAGCAAGCACGACCUGCUGCGCAAGCUGCUGGCGCUCGACGGCGUCAGUGCGGGCGUGUGCGAUGCGGCCGGCCGGACCGCGCUCCAUCUGGCCUGCUACAUCGGCGACUACAAGGCGACGGAGGUGCUGCUGCAGCACGGCGCCAAGGCACAGUGCUGGGAUCGGGAGAAAACCGCCACACCGCUGCACUGUGCGGCCAGCUGCGGCAGCCUCGAGUGCGUAACGCUCCUGCUCGCCCAGAGCGUGGACAUCAACGCCGGCAUCGAGAAGCACUCCGCGCUGCACUACGCGGUCAUGCGCAACAGCAAGCGCUGCGUCGAGUAUCUGCUCGCGCACGGUGCCAACCCGAACACGCCGCAGGUCUACACGCAGACGCCGCUGCACGUGGCCGCCGCCCUCGGGUACGGCGAGUGUAUGGAGCUGCUGCUGGCGCACGGGGCCGACGCCCGCUCCCAGUACGGGCAGAAGAAGAUCACCGCCCUGCAUCUGGCCGCCUCGGAGAACUAUCUCGACUGCGUGCGGCUGCUGGUGGCGGCGGGCGCCAACAUCGACGCCCGCAACCGGGACCAGCAGACGCCCCUGCACCUGGCCUGCCUGUCCCAGUGCCACGAAACCGUCACGUACCUGAUCGCCCAGCGGGCCGACGUGCACGCGGUCUACCGGGACGGGCGCACCGCCCUGCACGCCUCGAUCGUGAAGGAGUCCCGGUUUUGGGACUGCACGCUCAGCCUGCUGAAGGCGAAGGUGGACGUGAACCGGGCGGACAACUUCGGCUACACGCCGCUGCACAUUGCCGCACUGAACGAGUUCAGCACGUGCGUGUACAUGCUGAUCGAGUACGGUGCGGACAUAACGGCACGCACGAACGGCGGCGUAUCGGCGCUGUCGUUCAUCAUACGCCGCACGCCGGAGAUAAUACCGCGCUACGUGGACAAGCUCGAUGCGGCCAUCAGCGUGAACAGCAUACACGAGAUCGGCGACGUGGACUGCGAGAUACGGCUGGACUUUCGGCUGCUGGUGCCGAACAACGACCGCGGCGAGACGGAGCUGCUGCUCGCGUUCAUCGAGGUGGGCCAGAAGCGCAUCCUGAAGCAUCCGCUCUGCGAAACGUUCCUGCUGCUCAAGUGGCGCCGGAUACGGAAGUUUUUCAUCUUCAGCCUGUUCUACCACGGGCUGUUUGUGCUGCUGUUUACCGCGUACGUGCUCGGGGUGUACGUGCGCGACUGCCGGGCGGAGCCGUGCCCGCUGCCCGCCUACAUACCGGCGGUCGGGUACGUCAUCAUCCUGUUCAACCUGGUGCUGCUGACGAAGGAGAUCUUCCAGAUGAUGCACGGCUUCGUCAGCUACGUCCGGUACUGGGAGAACUGGCUGCAGUGGAGCAUCGUGAUCGGCAUUUUUCUCUGCACGCACAACACACUGAACGAAUCGAACGCCAUCAUGAACUGGCAGCACCAUGUGGCGGCCGUCGUCAUCUUUCUGGCCUGGCUCGAGCUGAUGAUGUUGGUGGGCCGGUUUCCCAUAUUCGGCCUGUACGUGCAGAUGUUUACCACCGUGGCGGUAAACUUUUCCAAAUUUCUGAUGGCCUACUGCUGCCUGCUGGUCGCGUUCGGGCUCAGCUUCUGCGUGCUGUUCCCGAACUACAUCGCGUUCAAGGAGAUACCGCGCUCGCUGCUGAAAACGAUCGUCAUGAUGGCGGGCGAGCUCGAGUUCGAGGACAUCUUCUACGGCGAGAAUCUGAAGAUCGAGUACCCUGCCACCGCGCACGGCAUGUUUCUCGCGUUCGUCCUGCUGGUGACGGUCAUCCUGACCAAUCUGCUGGUCGGUCUGGCCGUCAGCGACAUCCAGGGGCUGCAGCAGUCGGCCGGGCUCGACCGGCUGUCCCGCCAGGCGGAGCUGAUUUCCCGGCUGGAGAGUCUCAUGUUUUCGCGCCUGCUGCGCAAAGCGCCGAUCCGCAUCUGGGCCAUCUUUCAGAAGAUCGCGCUGCUGAAGACGUCCCGCUGCCGGUUACACUUUCGCGUCAAGCCGAACGAUCCGCGCGAGAAGCGGAUUCCGCGGGAGCUCAUCACCUCGAUCUACAAGCUGGUGGCGGAGCGGCGCGAACGCAACCAAUCGAUCAAGCGCAGGCGCACCUACCGAAACAUGCAGACUUUUAACCGCUUCCUGCUGGACGAUGCGGACGACGAUGGGGCCGUCACGCUGCGCCGGAAGCACUUCAAAACGGUCAACAAAAAGCGCACCAUCUCGGAGCACCCGCACGGUGGGAUGCGGCCCGACACGAUGCCGCCGGUCAUGCCGGGGGCGCGCAUUUCUAACACUAACGCCGGGGCGCUCAAAACGCUCGAGGACAACCAGAAAGCCAUCCUGAAGCGGUUAGACGAGCUGGGCAAGGACCUGGACAUUCUUAAGGGUAGAAUAAAAAAGCCUUAGGGCACUACAGCAUACAGUGCGAAAUAA